AUGGACGAGAAAUUGGAGUUAGUACGAAACAAUCUAGUCCAUUACCAACAAUGGGAAGACGUGAGAGUAUCACCUGCUUCCUUUCAGUGGGAAGGUGAAAAUAUACAACUUAUUAUCGGAAAGCCUAGUAACUCCGAGAGAGAGGAAUGCGUGCUUCCUGUGGAGUACUCUCAAUAUCAAGAGAGUUUGUUGACUACAAACCUUAUUGAUGCGACUUUUACUAAUUUGGUCUCUGAAGAGUUUGAAAGAAUAGUCUUGGCGAUUAUUGGAGAUGAUGGUACGGUCGUUUUCUAUUAUAUUACCAGAGGAACUUCUACCAUAUAA